CUAGUCAGUUUAAUUCGUGCUUUCUCCUAGUGCAGAGGUGUACUACACACACGGUUAUAAAAUGAUUUGGAAGUUAUUUUUAUUUUGUUUUAUCGGAACAAUUUCUGCAUUCACAUUAAACAGACAAUCAGACGUACAGACGGUAAAAAUAUGGAAUGAAAGGUUCAAUUCCAUUGAAGAUUUAGGUGAAGAUGCGCAAUAUCAGGAAACAUUAUCCAUUCAAAAGCGUCAAGUGGCAGAAGAACCACAGGAGGAGGACACUGGAGUGUCAGAUACUGAAGGACAAGAAUCUCAACAAGGCGCAGCGGCACCAGAAGUUAAUGACGAUGUCACACAACCUCCGGCAGACAAUGAAGAGCCUAAGCAGGAUGCGGUUUCAACAAAUGAAGAAGAGCCUAAGCCGGAUGCGGUUUCAACAAAUGAAGAAGAGCCUAAAGAAGUUAACGGUGACACUCCGGAACAACACGAAGAAGAUUCCACCUAUAAUGCAGCUCCGACAAAUGCAGAAGAGCCUAAAGAGGUUAACGGUGACAAUACGGAAAAACAAGAACAAUCCGUCGAUAAUGCAGCUCCAACAAAUGAAGAACCUGCAAAUACAAAGGGUGACGAACCGGAAAAGCAAGACGAACAAUCGGUCAAUAAUGCAAAUACGAAAAAUGAAGAAGAGCCUAAAAAUAUAACCGGUGAUAACCCAGAAAAAGAGGAGGAAGAACAUUCUGUCGAUAAUGAAACUGCGACAAAUGAAGAAGUGUCUGAAAAGAUAAGCGGUGACAACCUAGAGAAUCAAGGAGUACAGUCUGUAGAUAAUGCAGCUCCGACAAAUGAAGAGGAGCCUAAAGAGGUAAGCGGUGACAAUCCGGAAAAAGAGGAAGAACAAUCCGUCGAUAAUGCAACUGCAACAAAUGAGGAAGAACCUAAAAGUAUAAGCGGUGACAACCCGGAAAAACAGGAAGAAGAACAAUCGGUCGAUAAUGCAACUCCGACAAAUGAAGAAGGGCCUAUAAAGAUAAGCGGUGACAAUUCAGAAUUACAAGGAGAAGAAAAGCCUACCGAUAAUGUAGCUCCGAUAAAUGAAAAAGAGUCUAAAGAAGUAAAAGGUGAAAGCUCUGAGAAACAGGAAGAACAAUCUGCAGAGAAUGCAACUCCGACUAAUGAAGGAGAGUCUAAAGAGGUAAAGGGUGACAACUCGGAAAAACAGGAAGGACCUGCCGAUAACACACCUGUUGGCAAUGUGCAGCUGAAUGCCUCCAUAAACGGAGAUAGUAGCAAUACUCAUGAAACCGAUCAAGAUAAGAACCAAGAGGUUCCAGAAAGUGAUGAUGCCGCGCCAUCAAAUGACAUGAAUGCUGUCUCAGAAAAUAAAGAUGAUAAUAAGGCGAUCAAUCCUCCAACAAUUAAUGAAGGAGACGAUAAUACUGGAAGUAAAAGAAAGAAAGGAGGUAGAAGAUUAGAAGAAAUUAAUUCCUUACAAGAUAACAGCAACACCGUCGAAUCCAAACCUACGGACAUUGAAAGUGGAUCACCCCUACCGCGACCAGGUCCAAAAUCAGCUAGUAUUAAUUCAGUUGAUGAAUCCCCAGAACAAAAUAAUGCAGCAGAGGAGCAAACUCCAGAUACUAAAUCAAAAACUGACGACAGCGAUGCCACAAAAGCUGAGGAAGAACCAAAAUCCGGAGCGUCGCAAGAAAACAAGAACACCAACAUCCUGAUAUUCCUUUUUGUCGCCGUUUUGAUAGUAGGCUUGACCGCAGUAGGAUACAAUUACAUCAAGAAACGCAAGGAUGGCGAAUAUGAAGUCGAAGAGGAACCCGUUAAAGAAUCGAAAGAAAUGAAACCGUUGAUCGCCAAGAACCAAGCAACUCCUCAAGUAAGAGAAGACGUUAUCCGCAUUCCGUUAAGCGAGCCCAGUACCAGUGGAGAAAACAAUCAAAAAGCUUAAAUCACGUGAUACUUAUAAUAAAAGUCGUAUGUAUUUUGUUUUUUGAAAUGAAUAUAGUAUCAUUAACAAGUCUGUGACAGUGAACGUUCUUUUGAAAUUUCAAAUGUUUGUGUUUGGUAUUUAAAUUUUAUAUUGAUAGAAGACUCGAUAGCUAAGUUAUUAAGAAUUUGUAUUAUUUUAUAGAUAACUAUAAUUGUAACUAUUAUGUGUAAGUUUAAUAAAUUGUAAAAUUUAAAUUACGAAUUGUAAAUAUUUAUAUUACCUCUUAAAAUUUAAUUGUCUAUUGUAAUUUUAAUUUUGAAUAAACACAUUAAAUACUUAUAA